GCAGGGAGUCGGGCCGUCAUGACAGAGCCAGAGGCAAAGGAUCCCCGGGCUCCCCACGUGGCCGGCGGCGCGCGCUCCCCGCCCCAGGCCCGCUCCCCUCCGCCGGGGCGCGCGGACGCCGGGCCCCUCCCGGCCGGCCCGGCCGCCGCGCUCGCGCUGGAGGGGCUGCUGUUCCCGCGGCCGGGGCCCGGCCCGGCCCCCGCGGACCAGAAGACCCUGGACCGGCCGCCGCUGCCCGACGUGGAGGGGGCGUACCCCCGAGGGGAGGCCCCCGGGGGGGCCGGGGGAGGCGGCCCGAGAGCCCCCGACAAGGACAAGGACGGAGGGCUGCUGGACAGCGUCCUGGACACGCUGCUGGCGCCCGCGGGGUGCGCGCCGGGCCGGGCCAGCCCUCCCGCCUGCGAGGCCCCCAGCCCCUGGUGCCUGUUCGGGCCCGAGCUCCCCGAGGACCCCGGGGCCGGCCCCGCCCCGCGGGCCGCGCUGUCCUCGCUCAUGAGCCGGCCGGACGGCAAGGCGGGCGAGGGCUCCGGGGCGGGCCCCGCGCAGAAAGGGCUGCCCCGGGGCCUGUCGCCGUCGCGGCCGCUGCUGCCCGCCCCCUCCGGGGGCCCGCACUGGUCCCGGGGCCCCGGGAAGCCGGCCCCGCCGCCCGGCGCGCUGGACGUGGGCGCGGAGGACGAGCGCGCCGACCUGCCCAAGAGCAAGCCCCGGCCCUCGGGGGACGCGCCCGCCGGUGGCGCCCUGGUGCCCAAGGAGGACACCCGCUUCCCCGCGCCCCGGGGGGUGGCUGAGCCGGACGCGGCCGCGGCGCCGCCGGGGCGCUCCCCGCUGGCCAGCUCGGCCAUGGACUUCCUCCACGUGCCCAUCCUGCCCCUCAGCUCGGCCCUGCUGGCGGCGCGCACCCGCCAGCUGCUGGAGGCCGACGGCUUCGACGGGGCGGCGGCCGGCGCCUUCGUGCCGCCGCGGGGCGCGCCCGGCGGCGACUUCCCCGACUGCGCCUGCCCGCUGGACGCCGAGCCCCGGGACGACGCCUUCCCGCUCUACGGCGACCCGCAGCCGCCCGCGCUGAAGAUCAAGGAGGAGGCGGGCGGCCCCGACGCGGCCGCGCGCUCCCCGCGCGCCUUCCUGGCGGCCGCGGCCGGCCCCGCGGGCUUCCCCGAGCUCCCGCCGCAGCCGCCGCGCGCGCCCCCCGGGGAGGCUGCGGGCCCCGCCGCGCCGUCGGGGGCCGCCCUGGAGUGCGUCCUGUACAAGGCGGAGGCCGCGCCGCCCCCGCCCGGCCCGUUCGCGCCGCCGCCCUGCAAAGCGCCGGGCCCCGGCGCCUGCCUGGCCGCCGCCGCGCCCCCCGCGCUCUACCCGCCGCUGGGCCUCAACGGGCUGCCGCAGCUCGGCUACCAGCCCGCGGUGCUCAAGGAGGGCCUGCCGCCCGUCUACCCGCCCUAUCUCAACUACCUGAGGCCUGAUUCAGAAGCCAGCCAGAGCCCGCAAUACAGCUUCGAGUCUUUACCUCAGAAGAUUUGUCUGAUCUGUGGGGAUGAAGCUUCAGGCUGCCAUUACGGGGUCCUCACCUGUGGCAGUUGUAAAGUCUUCUUUAAAAGGGCCAUGGAAGGACAACAUAACUAUUUGUGUGCUGGAAGAAACGAUUGCAUCGUCGAUAAAAUCCGCAGAAAAAACUGCCCUGCGUGUCGCCUCCGGAAGUGCUGCCAGGCGGGCAUGGUCCUCGGAGGUCGGAAGUUUAAAAAGUUUAAUAAAGUCAGAGUGAUGCGAGCCCUGGACGCUGUCGCCCUGCCCCAGCCGGUGGGCCUCCCGAGUGAGGGCCAAGCCUUGGGCCAGAGGAUCACCUUUUCUCCAACCCAAGACAUACAGCUGGUUCCGCCACUGAUCAACCUGCUGAUGAGCAUCGAGCCCGACGUGGUAUAUGCUGGUCACGACAACACCAAGCCCGAUACGUCCAGCUCUGUGCUCACCAGCCUCAACCAGCUGGGCGAGAGGCAGCUCCUCUCAGUGGUCAAGUGGUCCAAAUCGCUCCCAGGUUUCCGAAACUUACACAUUGAUGACCAGAUAACCCUCAUCCAGUACUCGUGGAUGAGCCUGAUGGUGUUUGGACUAGGCUGGAGAUCCUAUAAGCAUGUCAGUGGGCAGAUGCUCUAUUUUGCACCUGAUCUGAUACUAAAUGAACAGCGGAUGAAGGAGUUGUCCUUCUACUCGCUGUGCCUGACCAUGUGGCAGAUCCCCCAGGAGUUCGUGAAGCUGCAGGUCAGCCAGGAGGAGUACCUGUGCAUGAAGGUGCUGCUGCUUCUCAACACAAUUCCUUUGGAAGGACUGAGAAGUCAAAGCCAGUUUGAAGAGAUGAGAUCAAGUUACAUUAGAGAACUUAUCAAAGCAAUUGGUUUGAGACAAAAGGGGGUGGUCUCCAGUUCACAGCGGUUCUACCAACUCACAAAACUUCUUGAUAGCUUGCAUGAUCUUGUCAAGCAGCUUCAUCUGUACUGCCUGAACACAUUCAUCCAGUCCCGGUCACUGAGUGUUGAAUUUCCAGAAAUGAUGUCCGAAGUUAUUGCUGCACAGUUACCCAAGAUCUUGGCAGGGAUGGUGAAACCUCUUCUCUUUCAUAAAAAGUGAAUGCUAUUUUUAUCUUAGAACAAAAUAAGUUUUGUGGUGUGUUUUUGUUUAGGUCAGGAUAAUGAGGUCUUGCAUUUUUACAAUGUUCUUCUUGAAGCCUUACAUUGAUAACAUAUCAUACUGUGUAAAUUUCAGAGAAAAUUGUGAGGUUUUGGUUUUCUUUUUUAAAGCAUAAUCAGCAUUUUAAAAUGUUUUUGUGUACCAUAUUUUCUUUAAGAGUUUGCAAGAUUGAAAAGGUACUAGAAUUGAUUGUCAAAGCAAAUUUAAUCUUAUCCAUAUUAUUUCAUACCAUUUAAGUGAAGAUUUUUAACUUUUGCCUCUAACAAAUCUUUCUCUGAAGGAAAGACUCUUACGCGUAAUAUAAAAAACAAAAAAACAAACCUUGGCGUAUCUGUCCCUUCUAGGUAGCCCCCUCUGUCUCCUUGACUAUAUUUAUGCAAAAAAUAUUAAGACUUUAAAAUCCCUGAAAUAAAUUGAUUUUUUCUGAUUAGGAAAAACCCUUUAUGUUAAGAUUGUUUCCCAGAUUGGAAACACAAACAUUUAAAGAGGUUAUUAAGUAUAGAGCCCUGUCAUCACAACAGCAGUAUGAAGAGGACUGGAGAUUUUUGCUGCCCUUUUGAGGAGUUGUCCUCUGGUAAGGUUUUCUGCAUCAGGAUUGAAAGUGAGGCGAGGCUGUGCCCUAACUCCACUCCCCCCACCGGGGCAGGUGGAGGUCACCUCCCCUCACAGAUGCUCAGUUGCACAGGGCACUUUGGUGCAAUAAUGUCUUUCCUGCAAAAUGUUCCUUCUGCUCAGAGCUUCUUAUUAACAUCUCACAUUAAAGAAGAAAGGAAGGAAGGAAGUCAGGAAGGGAAGUCAGGAAAGAGGCAGGGAAGAGAAAAAAAGAGAAAUAUUCUCUUUCUCCACUCAGUGGAAUUUAAUAGGUGAAUCUCAGGUUGAAAGUUUUUGAGUGCCUUUGAUCUAAUUCUAAGAGAUAAUUUAAGAACUACUAGAUAGCAGCUCAAGAGAAACAACCAAUUACAAUAGUCAACACAAUUCACAUGAUUUAUAAACUGAAAAUAACCCAUCAGAAGAAAUUUUCACUCAGGUGAGUCACUGGAGAUCUGUAUGUUUUUGUAGAUACAUAUGAACAUAAGAGAGAGAACCAAGUUUGUACCACUGAUAAAAUUCAAUUGAAAUUGCUCGUUGUUUUCUAAAUAAAAUUUAUGCCAGUUUUAGGCAUACAUAGCACACACAGAAACACACACACAUAUAUUUUAUAUUACACAUAUGUAAUUUUUAACAGCUCAGAGAAACUAGUAGACCAAAUUCCCUGUCUAAAAUUCCUUAACAUUGAACAUUGUCUUACAAAUAAACAUACCAUAUUAUGCAAAUUAAUAGUUGUUAAUGAGAAGAUCAAAGUAACUUUGAAAUCAUACAGAAAACAUUUACUGAAGUCUUUGAUUUCUUACUGCAUUUUCAUUAUCCACACCCUUCAGCUGUUAAAUGCUUGCAAUUUAUGAAAGGAUAAAAACAGAAUAAUCUUACUGAUUAUUAACAUGUUUCCCCUAAACAGGAUAAACUUGGUUUUAUCUCAUUUAAAAAAAAUUGGCUUCAUAAUAUGACUGUAACUUCCUUACUAAUGACUUCUUUUUUUUUAAUAUACUAUAACCAAGUAGAAUUUAUUACAAGUAUGCAAUGAUGGUUGGCAUUCGAACAUUUGAAAAUCAGUUAAUGUUAUCCAUUGUAUCAAUAUGCUAAAGAAUAAAAAAAAUCACAGGAGCAUGAUCAAAAAUGCUGAAAAAACAUGACAAAAUCCAACUUCUUUAUUCUGCAAGAACAAUUAGAAUACAUAUAAAUAGUAAAUUCUCAUAAGGCAUUUGAAAUAGGGUUUAAGCCAAUACUAACCAGGGCUCCUGACUUGUAUUCCUUAGGUCUACGUGGCAAAAUAACAAUAUACAAAUUUGAUAACACUGGGUGUAGCAUUCAAUAGGACUUUAAUCCAAGUACUCCAUGUAUCUUAGCAUUAAUAUAUAAAAAUGGCCUCUUAUUUAGUAUGUCCCUGUCCAUAUAUUUUUCUGUGAAUAUAUAUUUUUACAAUAGACUCUUGGUAUUCAGUUCUUCAGAGGGAAAGAAGAAUGGGCUCUUCAGGCCAAUGGGAUCUUAAAAAGAUCUAAUUUUACCAUAUCCUGACUUUAAAAUAUUAUCUCAUUCCAGUAAACAGUUGCAGUGAUUCUUAGAUAUAGCUGUGUGUACAUUGGAAUCUCCAUGUGAGCUUUUUUAAAAAGGAGAGAGAGAGUGCUCUAUCCUCUGAGAUGUGGCUUUCCCUGGCCCAUUAUUACCGAUGUGGGCACAAGUAGGUACUUGGAAAUGGUGUUCAGGCAUGAAUUUCUGUAAGUUUACUCUAAUCUCCAUUGUCAAACGUUCAUGCAUUCCAGUCAUGCAAAUCUUGUUCCCACCAAUGCCAGGCUUCUCUGUACCGUCAAGCCUCAGCCACACAUCCAUUCUCUAAUGUCUUUUCUGCCUCCUUUAGACAGUGAUUUGCUUCCUCCUAAGUUCCCCAGCGAUUGUGUGCACGUGUGAGUUAGAGUAGUGCACUGUGUUACAGUCUGAUUCUCCCACGAGUCUGGGAGCCACUUGGAGAUGCGAAAAGAGCAUUUCUUGACUCAGAGUUGACUGGGAUGGGCUCUCGCUGUUCCUGUCACCCCGUGGAGCUCAGUCAUUGGCUCCAUCACCACAUGUCUGUAAGUCUGAACCUUCUCUCUCCCAGCUCCAUCUCUUUAAAUUUUCCUCCUUUUUUUCCUACUUUGCGAGAUCUCUCCUUGUACUGACGAUAAUAGAGGAGAGAAUAAGUACAUUUUAUAUUGAGUAAAAACAAUUCUUUAUGUCUGUCCCUUGCUCUGAAUUUAAAAAAAUGAGUAAGUGGAAUGUUAUCUCCCUAAGAAAAAGUCUACAAAUGUAAUUGUGUCUUAUAUUUCAGUAGCAGUAAAUUGUUUUGUAUGUUAAACUUCAAAUUUUCCUCAUUUCAUUUCUGAUUUCAUUCAACAAAUAUUUAUUGAGGGCCUGUUAGGAGAACAAGAAAAUGUGCUAACGAGAUUAGCAUCAUGAGAAGUGGAAGCUGAAGGAAAUAUAGACUCUAGAAAGUCGCGAUUGAGUGGUAGGUAUAGGUCACAGUGAAUACAAAAUAGCCAGCACUCAAAUAUUUGUUGAACACACAAAUGAAGAUGCAAUUUAGAUUUGAUAGAUGCAAAGCGUUAUUUCAUGUAACACUUCUGAGAUAAACGCAGCACAAAGAUACUAACUGUAAAAUGAAUCUCAACUAACUCCAUUUAUUCAUGUAACUCCUUUGCGUUUAAUCUGUAUGUACACUUGUUUAUUGAAAAAAGCUUUAUCUUUUUCCCCUACAAAUGUGACUUCAAUAAAUGCAUUUUGAAUUUCUUCUCAUUUACAAUUAUUAAAUCGAUCGCUGUACAAAUGGUUUCUCUCAGAAUGGGUUAUGUGACACAAGUCGGUGAAUGUAGGUGUGCUCAAGAAAAUAAAACCAUGUCAUUAGCCUUUCACAGUCAAGGACUGAACCCAGAGGAUGGUAAUGACAUCAUCUUUUUAUUAUCCGAUUCUUGUUACUUUGAAUGAAGACCAUAUUUUGAUGACACAAAUCCUUU